AUGAACCGGUUUCGUCACAAAAAGAAACCCAGGGACGAUGGAGACUCCGAGGUGCACGUCCUGCCCUCCUUUAGUGCAAAGUCCUUUAGACGCGGGAAGAAAAAUCAAAUCGAGUCCAAGUCGGAAAUCGAUCUGUCCACCGCCCUCCCGUCGGCCGACGACUUCAGAACGAGUCUUUUGAUGCCCAACUUGUCUGCGCGCUUUAGCAUGCUCCGAGAGCAGGAUGACCCCACGACGAAAAUCGGCAAGGCAAACGACGAUAGCGUCCUCUUUCCGAGACGCGCCUCGAGGCUCAACUUGUUCGCGCAUAACCCGUUGACCGACAUUGCCGAAGUUUCCUCCAUCAGCCCGUCCGCAAGGCCGUCUCUCAGCAUUGCUCGCACCUCCUACACCUCCGCUGAAGGAAUGCACUCGGAUGAAGAUGCAUUCGGCGUCCUCAACCGACGCAGACCUGUCGAGGGUAAUAACUUGUUUGGAGGACGUCAAAAAGUUUAUAAGAUCCCUGUCAAAGGCCUAUCCCCGAACGACUCGACGCGCAAUUCGGAGGAAGGAGAGCACUCUCGGAUCGGAGGAAGAGCAAUUUAUGAGAGCGACAUGCCCUUUUCGACUUUUCAAAGAACCGGAGCGGAGCAAUCGCGCCGCAACGAUGAAGAGGAGGAGAGUGACCUACACAAAGAAGCCAAGGAAAUCGAAGAACAAAUUCUUGCCAGAUUGCCUGGCGAUUCAGGACCCCCGUCAGUGCAUGUUGCCGAUUCCCAACCGCGUUCCCCAGCACUGUCCUCAGGAUCUUCCACUCCUAUCAAGCCAAAUUUUACGGGACUGGAGAGACACCAGACCAAAACGCGACGUUUAUAUGGACAGGGACUUGAUCUUCACAAUCAGCAGGCCUCUGCUCUCAACAGAAUUGAAAGCCUUCGCAGACCUCAGGGAGACGCCUCGCAGCUGGUCCGUUCGCUCUCCAAAAGCACCACGAAUCUGAACGAAAAAUAUCAAAAAUAUUCGCCAAUCCAUCUGCCGUCGGAUUUCAUCCUCAAUAGCCCACCGCUGUCCGCGUCCUCCGUCUCUGGGAAUGAGCUGAGUAGGAAAACGAGCCUUGCGAACAGCUCUGCUUCCAUUCAAAGCUGUGCGUACGUGGCUCCCCUAAGCCCGCCUCUUAGUGAAAACGGAGAGAUAUCGCCCCUUGCCGCUGCACUCCAGCCUGAGGACCGAGGCAAAGCCACAGCCACUGGUUUAUUCAAUAAGCCUUGCAGCAAAUACGACGAAAACCAAUUCCAACAGCGCCAGGUCCAAAUGUAUGAAGGCCGAAACACACCGCCUCUUCAACGUCCUUCUCCCUCUCCUGGGUUUCCUGAACCCGAGAAAAUGGGACGGCCUCGAGGUCUCUCGACAACCAGCUAUCUUUCCCGAGCCGAGUCGUCGACAUCCGCAUUCAGCGGAUCUGGUGGGCGCUCUACCCCAAGCCUCCGCAAGCCAUCGCCUCCCCGAGCUGCACACGGUACCUUUUUGGCAAAUCUUGGCGAAAGCGAACCCGAGAGUGAUGUUGAUGGAAUGACGGCUAAAAAAUCUGUUUCUGGUCCAGCUGCUGCGGUGGCAGACAAUAAUCCUGCGGUAUUAGCUAGUAAUACGGAAGCCAGCGACUCAUAUCUCUAUGCCCAAUCGAGCAAAUUGGCAUACUCAGCCCACACUGACCUAAAAACCAUUAAUGAAAAUGAUAAUUCCGGGUCGACGCUCGCUCCUAUAAGUGAAAAAGCGAAGGACUCGCCUACACUUGGGCCCUCUGAAUCUGGUGGCUUGAGUGGGCUGAUCCGAACGCAUUUGCGCCAUGAUAGCGAUAUGUCAUCGAUCCUUCCGCCGCCGUCACCAACACUACCUCCUACCUAUUUUGACAACAGUCGCGUUCCGAAUCCUUCGCUGAAUGCGACUCGAGCCUCGAACCAUUCAGCCAGCAUACAUAGCAACCCAUGGGAGCUGGAUGAGUGGAGCAAGCCUUCCUUGAUAUCGGAUAGAUCGAAUCCUUCACCUCCGCGUCCAGUGCCCCCGGUAGAUCAAUCGCAGCAAAAUGGCUUCUCAGGCAUGUCGUUGCGCGCCAAACAGAUGCUCGAUCAGGCCGCGGCCCUGAGUGGCAAAGGCCACCCUGCAGAAUCCAAUGGCAGAGACGCGAUGGACCGGAUCUCGCCCUCAGCGCCAAAUGCUUCCUGGCAGGAGGAGCUUCAGAAAAGCCAUCGCCGGACCGGCAGCUCGGAAACCCAAGUUGAGAGAGAGGAGCUGGCACAUGAGUUGGCUGAACGGCGGAGGAAGGUUCAAGAGAAGCUGAGAAGUAUUGCUGACAUUGAAGCCAGUCGAUCUAGCAGUCCCGCUCCUGGGUCAUUGCGCGAGACCACGCCUUCAAAGCCCGGGAAUGCCUUUGCUAUGCUGAAAACCAAAGCUAGCAGGACCAAUAUCGGGGGUGUGCCAGACAUGCCACAUGCCAGGCAGAUCAAAGCCCUAGGCAUGGAGAGUCCGUCGCAUAAUGCAUCGACGCCAAACCUUACUUCAAGCAACGAUUAUUGGCGAGAGGAGGAGGAGAGAAUGCUCCGUGAUUUCGGCAAGCUUCCCCGAACGGCAUCGGCUCACAUUGGCCCUCCACGACAUGGCCCGCCGCGUCCGCCACCAGCCCUGCCUCCAUCCCGCGGCAGCAACGAUGAAAAUCGGGAGAUAUUUCGCGAUGGUCCCUCCCAUGCAUCCUGGCGACACCACCCCGGUGUGAGAGACAGAUCUACCUCAGAUGCGUCAAAGAGAUCAAAAAGUCGGCCGAGACAUCGGGAUGAUAUAGACCCUUUUGGUAGACCCAUGGAAAGUCCACAGUACAAGCCGUCUGUUGAAGAACACAAACCCUAUCGGGGACCACCCUCUGGGUCUUCGUCUUCCCGCCCUUCUAUCGAACAUGAGCGCCAUUCGUCGGAAAGAUCAGGUUCGGCCAUGGCUGGUCGACUUCGGAGCAACAGUCGGCCAAUACCUCCCAACUUUCCGGAGAAUCGCAUUCCACACCCAGUGCAAACUAAUCAAAUCCUGGGUAUCGGAUCUUCUCCUCGACCUUCACCUAUAACGCCCUAUUCAGCGAAUGCCACGCCGCCGCUGGUGGAUACUUCUCCAGCAAGCUCAACUCUGCCUACACCGACUGGAUUUGGCGGGUCAGGACCAAGCCAGAGCAUGCAAUGGCACCAGAGCUUGGGCAUACACAAGAGAUUCGUCGACAAAUCUCAGAUUUCAGAACCCAAAUUCGUGUCCACCACUUCCAACGUUCCCACCGUCGGCCUUCCCCCCGGCGCGAGCUUAAGCAAUGGAAGCCCCACUCCGCCAGUGCCGCCCAUGAACCCAAGACGGCGCCGGCCCACGGCCACCCAGACUAUCCUCGGAGCAUUCAAGGUAUCUGACAAGGGCGAGCUGGCUCCGAUGCCGCCGUCUAGCAAACCGUCGGACGAACAGAGUGCUUUUUCGGAUGAGGAUAAGCCCCUGCGAGCUCGCCAGCGGCUGCGCAAGAUCUCGAGUGAAGGUGGAAAUAUCAACGCCAAGGCCCGGCAGCAGGCGAUUCUUGCGGGCUCUAUUGCUAUGCCGCCGACGCCGGCUACGCCCCCCGUUCCGAUGGAAGGUGGCAUGUUCUAG